CGCCGCAGAGUACACCUCCGCCCUGCAGUUAUACCCAUUUCCUCAUUCUUACCUAGGACUAUAUAAAGUCCUAGAUACCACUGUUACAGCUGGAGCUCCGCCUAUGCAAACAUAUUGGAAUCACUGAAUCGAUUAAGGAAGAGACAAGAUUGGGACAGUGUCACAGACUGGUUUAAAGUAUUGUAAUUCAAGGCUAACCUUGUCGCAUUAUCAAAAUGGUUCGUUUCAUCGAGAGCAAGGCUGAGUUUGAAGAAGCUCUGAAGGAUGCUGGUUCUAUGCUUGUGAUUGUAGAUUUCACAGCCACCUGGUGUGGGCCAUGCAAAAUGAUUUCUCCAGUUUUUGAAAAACUUGCUGAAGAGCACAAAGAUGUUGUGUUUCUAAAGGUUGACGUGGAUGAUGCUCAGGACGUUGCUGAGAUGUGUAAAGUCAGCAGCAUGCCUACAUUCCAGUUCUUCAAAAAUGGCCAGAAGGUUGAAGAAUUUUCAGGAGCCAACAAGGACAAACUUUCAGAAAUGCUAAUGAAAUACAAGUAGUUUUUUUUUUUUUU